UUGUCAUCACAUUAUUGUUUGGAAUUUGGUUGUCUCGUCGUCGUCGGAUCUAAAAAAGCAAAUUGACCGGCGAUUUCAUUCAGCAAUCUCCGAUGGCGGAAUCAAGCUUUGAUUCCGGUGAUCGUGAUUAUGCUGAGAUUGUUGUUGUUCGUCAUGGUGAAACUUCUUGGAAUGCCGAGAGAAAAAUCCAGGGUCAUUUGGAUGUUGAGUUAAACGAUGCUGGAAGACAACAAGCUGUUAGAGUUGCAGAACGGUUAUCAAAGGAGCCUAAGAUAUCUUAUGUUUACUCUUCUGACUUGAAGAGAGCCUUUGAGACUGCUCAGAUCAUUGCUUCUCAAUGUGGCAACCUUGAGGUACUUACUGAUCGUGAUUUGCGGGAAAGAAAUUUAGGAGAUAUGCAAGGGCUUGUCUAUCAAGAAGCUUCAAAACUUCGCCCUGAAGCUUACAAAGCCUUUUCAUCUAACCGCACUGACGUUGAUAUCCCAGGUGGAGGAGAAAGUCUUGACAAACUUUACGACAGAUGUACAUCGGCAUUACAGAGAAUUGGUGACAAACAUAGAGGUGAAAGAGUAGUAGUAGUGUCUCAUGGAGGAACCAUUCGAUCUCUCUACGAAAGAGCUUGUCCAAGUGCAAGAAAAGUUGAAAAGAUACUCAAUACAUCGGUCAAUGUGUUCCGUUUAUACGACGGAGACAAAUGGACUAUCCAAGUUUGGGGGGACGUGAGUCAUCUGGACCAAACCGGUUUCUUACAAUCCGGUUUUGGUGGUGACAGAACCUCUGGUUAAGAUUCAAUACUCUUCUUCUUCCUCUUGGAAGAGCAUUUAUGUAAUUUAAGUUUCACUCCAUUACCAUUUUCAAAGUUUAACAUUUGACCCCACAACUUGGAGGUUUUCUCAAGUUGAUCAAGUAAAUUGGGAGUAUUGUUAAAGUACACUUGCUAUUUAUAUUUUAUCAUUUUCUUCAUUUGCAACAGUGAAGUUAAAAGAUGAAAUGUAUUCUGACA